GACUACGGAAAUACCCACAAAAUCUCCGACCAAAUCGAACUUCAACCUAAAACACCUCCUCCUCCUCCAAACUUAAGUUCUAGAGAGAUUUCGAAUAAAGUUUCGAUCUUUUUCUCCCCAGAUCGAUCCAACCUUAUCGGAAUGAUGAAGAUGGGUGUGAAACAAGCUCUGAAGAGUCUAGAUGCGUUUCCUCGUGCAGAAGAUCAUUUGUUGCAGAAGACUCAGUCUGGAGCUGUUGUCUCCAUAAUUGGUCUGGUCAUAAUGGCUACGUUGUUCUUGCAUGAGCUGAAGUAUUAUCUUACAACAUAUACCGUUCAUCAGAUGUCUGUAGAUUUGAAGCGUGGAGAAAAUCUUCCUAUCCAUAUAAACAUGACCUUCCCUUCAUUGCCCUGUGAUGUUGUAAGCGUGGAUGCAAUUGAUAUGUCAGGCAAACAUGAGGUGGACCUGGAUACGAACAUAUGGAAACUUCGUUUGAAUAGUGCUGGACAUAUAAUUGGUACAGAAUACUUGUCUGAUCUCGUUGAGAAGGAGCACACAAAUCACAAACACAAUGAUGGUAAAGAUCAUGAGGGUGAAGUUGAUUCUGCGCACAAACCUCAUGGUCAUGGAUUUGAUCAAGAUGCUGAAAAAAUGGUCAAGAAGGUGAAAGAAGCAAUAGCGAAUGGGGAGGGUUGCCGGGUUUAUGGAGCCUUAGAUGUCCAAAGGGUUGCUGGGAACUUUCAUAUUUCAGUUCAUGGCCUAAAUAUUUUUGUUGCUCAACAGAUUUUUGGCGGUCCUACUCAUGUGAAUGUUAGUCACGUGAUUCAUGACUUGUCUUUUGGGCCCAAGUACCCAGGAAUUCAUAACCCACUCGAUGAGACUUCAAGGAUUUUACGCGGUGCAAGUGGAACCUUCAAGUAUUAUAUAAAGGUUGUUCCAACAGAAUUCCGGUAUCUCUCAAAAGACGUAAUACCGACUAAUCAAUUUUCUGUAACUGAAUAUUUUAGCCCCAUAAAUGAGCAGGAUAGAAAUUGGCCAGCUGUUUACUUUUUGUAUGAUCUUUCACCAAUCACUGUGACAAUUAGAGAAGAGCGUCGCAGUUUUCUCCAUUUUAUCACUAGGCUUUGUGCUGUUCUCGGUGGUACAUUUGCUCUAACAGGGAUGCUGGAUCGAUGGAUGUACCGAAUUCUGGAGGGAUUGACAAAGUCAAACAGUAGAACCACAGUCCGAUGAUUAACCAGGAAAUCCAGCUGUAUAAUUUAUAUAGGGAUACAAACGGCUGUGCAAACUGAAGCCCAUAUAAGUGGAGAAUGUCCCAGCAGAGCAACAUCAUAACCCCGUGUCAGAAGGAAGAGAAACGACGAGAGAGAAGAUGCACAACUCGAGAACAUUACCGAUGCCGCUACAAUUUGUUUGAUGCCACCACAUUUUCUGGUCAAACAGCCUGUGGUGUUACUAAUCAAGAACCUGUUUCGAGUUUAAGGUCUUUUUUUCUCUGUGUUUCUGUUUUUCUUUUUACCUCUGUUAUUUCCUGUUGUUUCUAUUUCAUCCAUGAGAUAUGAGGUUAAAUUAUGUGUGCUUCUCGAAGGUACAAUUUUACAAGCUGUUAUUCAAGUUUCAGUGACUGAGUACCAGUUAUCGCAUAAUUUCCAACCAGCUUUGGUUUCGAA